AUGGGGAGUGUUAGUGGUUGGAACUGUGGUGGCGGACCUGGUGGAGAUGGAGGAGAAUGCGAGAGGCACAAAUGGAGGAGUGGCUUGGUAGUGGUGUGGUGGCUGGUGCUGCUGGUUGUGGUGGUUGUGGUGGUAGUGGGUGGUAGUGGUGGUGGUGUGGUAGUGGUGAGUGUCAGCUUUACUCCCUGUGCGAAAUUCCAACCACAGCAGAACGUCCACCUGAACGUCUCGAGAGGAAGCUUGAAGGCCAUAGCACUCGAGAGAGUCCUUCUUGAGACAGCGCGCGAGUCGGAGCGCAGUGGGCGGCGGCGGGAGGGGGAGACGGGAUGGGGGCGGGGCGGGACCCGUCGGAGCUCGGCCGCGAUCGACCGGCCACGCAUACAGCUCGAGAUCACAAUUCCUGGGUUCGGCAGCAUCUGCCUCGCCUCCCUCUCCACCUCCCCCUCACCAAACCACCCCGCCCACCGCCUUCCCGCUACCCCACCUCCCCGCGCCCCGCCGCCCCCGUCCUCCCGCCCCCCCGCCCUGCCGCUGCACACUGUGGCGGCGUCGGCCCCACCCCAACUGCCUCCGCUGGCAGCGCGGCCUAAUGGAGAAGCGGUCGGACGCGAGCCUCGCCAGCGGUUUGCCCACAUCUCCGAAAGGAAAACGUCGAAGGCUGGAGGUUAUUGGGCGGCGGCGGCGGCGGCGGCUGCGCCAGUUGAGCUGGGCGCGCGCGAGAUGAGCUGGGAAUUGGGUGGGACGCACGCAGCGCCCGCGCCGGGAGGCUGGAACAAAGGCGGCGCGGAGUGCAAGAAAAAAAGGGCGUCGUUUGACGCGCCGCCUGUUCAUACGUCGCCGGAGCCAGGGGCUCUGCCCGCCUCCGCCGCCUCCGCCGCCGCCGCCGCCUUCCCCCGGGACGGCGCGUUCAGAGUCAACUCGCUUGCAGAGGACGCCGCCAGGUUUGUCGAGUUUCAAUCUGUUCCAGUCAACGUCUUCAGCGAGUUUUCACUUUCCUUUUAA